CUCAUAUUAUAACAUAAAUACGUACUUAUAGAACAGAAGUCGCGUUACUCGUCACACUCCGUUCGAUGUUGUAUAACAUAAUAUUAUUAGGUAUAGUUUUGGUCUAUUCGUAAAAUCGCGAUGUCGUAGACGCGUCCGCGGCACCGAUUAUCAAGAGUCCUGAGAAUAACGUCGUCAUAGAUAUAUUAUUAUACUCGACCGUAUUUCUACUUUUAUCGAUAUAUUAAAAAAUAAUUACAGUCCGAUAACAUAAUAUAACAUUUAAUUAUUAUUAUUAUACAAUAUUGAAUAUACAAUAACCGCCGUAAAGCCUCCGACAUCGGUGUUUGCUCGUUCGACUCGACCGGCUAUACAGCGACAGCGGCCAAUCGACCAUGCCGUCCGCCAAAUGUUUUUUGGGCUGCACUAACGUCCGGUACGGUGCACGCAUCGUGUCCAUAUUGGACUUUACGACUACAAACCAUGUCCGUGGACGUAGUAGGGCAGACACUAGAAAUGUAUCUAAAUUUCUCCAAUGACCAGAAUCUCAAACCGAAUGGCCUGUGCAGGAUCAUAAAUCUAAGUUUUGUGGAUGUCGAGACCUCGCAAUCUCAUCGACAAAACGAGACAAACGAACGCGAUCAAAUCGCAAUAUUUUGAACAAAUACAAAUAUACAAUAUGGUAUUUUGAAAUAUGUACUUAAAAUAAAUUUCUUUUGUCACGUUGAUGACCAAUCGACCAAACAACAAACAUACGUACCUUGGUGAGUGACGACUGAUAAGAAAGCGGUGAAGAGCACGGACAGCCGCCAAUCUGCAUGUGUAGCAUAUAUGCAUGGUGAUGCGCAUGUAACCGGCCAAGUAGAGCAUGCACAAACAAUUUACAAUUUAAAAAUUCUCAAAGCUUGUUUGAGUAUGAAAAACCACAUUAGGUUCUAGAUAAUAUUCUUACUUCUAAAUGUUAUGACAGGUCAAUUCGCUCCAGUAUUAAUCAUAACAGAGUUAAAUGGAUUUCCAGAACGUAUAAUUAACCAUUUUAUGCGUUUGUAAGACGGAGACAACGCAUGCGGGUGUACCGCAGGGUUUUUAGACCAUAGUCUAAAAACCUUGGUUGUUCCGUCCUAUUAACAAUUAUUUUUAGUAAUAACUAAUAAACAAGUAAUAACUACUAAUAAGUAAUAACUUAUAACAAUAAUAAUUAUAGUUUUUAAAUAAAAUAAUUAUUUUAUCGUGCGCAUCACGACAGCACUGUACAGACGCAUGUGCCCAUCGUAUAAUAAUUGUAUUCAUAUUAUAAUGUAUUCUGUUUUCGGCGGCAGUCUGUAGUCAGUUCCCGAGGUGAGUGGAUCGAUGUACUCUGUCUGUUAAUAUUAUUUUUUACAUUGUUCUUUUAAAAAUAUGUUUUAUGUAUUAUCCGUUUAGACAGAACAACCGCAAUACAGAAUUCACUGUAUUGGGUACGCCGCGUCUGAAACAUUACAAUAAAACUAUGCCACGAGUCAAUCCUUGCAGCAAAUCGACUUUAUUUCAAAUACUUCGUUUUUCGUCAACGGAAACGACGGCUGUCAAAGAAUUUAACGAAAUCCCAGGACCAACAUCUCUGCCUCUGGUCGGCACCCUUUACCAAUAUUUACCUGUAUUCGGUAAGUACAAAUUUGACCGAUUGCAUCACAAUGGGUUGGCGAAACUCCGUCAGUACGGACCAGUUGUCCGGGAAGAUAUUGUGCCCGGCGUGUCCAUAGUGUGGAUAUUCAAACCGGAAGACAUCGAGACGCUUUACCGGAAAGAAGGCAGGUACCCGGAAAGACGUAGUCAUUUGGCAUUACAAAAGUACAGAUUGAGCAAACCAGAUGUGUACAACACUGGAGGACUUUUGCCUACAAAUGGCUCGGAUUGGUGGAGACUUAGAAAGGCUUUCCAAAAACAUUUGAGUAAGGUCCAGUGCAUCAAACGGUACGUGGAUAGUACGAACACAGUAGUUGGAGAAUUUAUAGAUCGAAGAAUAAAACGCGCAGAACUCAGAGACGAUUUCGGCCCCGAACUAUCCAGGCUCUUCCUAGAACUGACGUACUAUGUCGCCUUCGACGAGCGACUACAGCGGUUCAAAGACGAAGAAUGGGACUCAGAUUCGGAGUGUUCGAAACUGAUCAAAGCGGCUCAUGACAUAAACAGUGCGAUAAUGAAGACCGAUAAUGGACCACAACUGUGGAGAAAGUUUGACACCCCCAUGUAUAAAAGUAUACAAAAAGGACACGAACAAAUUGAAAAAAUUGCGCUUAGAGUUGUAAAUGAAAAAUUGAUCAGUAUUAAAACGACAGACUCCAAAACAUCAUUGUUGGGAGAAUACUUGAGCUCAGACGACACGGACUUCAAAGACGUAAUUGGAAUGACUGUUGACACUUUGUUAGCGGGAAUCGACACGGCGACGUAUUCGUGUUGUUUCGGACUGUACCAUUUGUCGUCGAACCCGGACGUUAGGGAGAAAAUGUUCGAUGAGUCGCGUGCCCUGCUACCAGACAACCACACACCAGUCACCGAUAGGGUGUUGGAGCGGGCCGUGUACGCGAAAGCGGUCGUCAAGGAGAUGUUCCGGAUGAAUCCGAUAUCGGUGGGCGUCGGCCGGAUACUGCCCGAGGAAUGCGUGUUUUCCGGGUACAGAGUCCCGGCAGGAACGGUCGUCGUCACGCAAAACCAGGUGAGCUGCCGCCUGGAAGAAUACUUCCGGCGACCCAACGAAUUUUUGCCAGAGAGAUGGAUAAAGGGAAGCGCCGAAUACGAGCCGGUCAGUCCGUAUUUGGUUUUACCUUUCGGUCACGGACCUAGGACGUGCAUAGCGAGACGUUUGUCUGAACAAUUCCUACAGGUCGUACUGAUAAAAAUCGUCAGAAACUUUGAGAUGACAUGGACGGGACCAAAGCUGGACAGUGAAUCAUUAUUGAUAAACAAACCGGACGGACCGAUAUCUAUAAUAUUCAAGACCAGAGACUGAACAAUAUAAUAUUUCAAUUGUAAUCCCUUCACUUGAUAUAAAAACAAGUACCUACCUUCCCAACGAAUUAUAAUUUAUAUAAGAUGUGUUUUGAUAUUAAAAUGCAGCUCGAAAACGUU